AUGAGCCAACCACUCUCUCCUGCGACCGAGAUCAUCCGUCAACAAAUAAAGGGCGAGAUCGCCCAGGCAGUGCUGAAACAAAAGACGCCCCAGGAUACUAGAGGGACAUUCUAUGAAGAGGAUCAAAAUGGAAACAGAGCAUAUGGAGGACCAUUGCUUGAAGAGAAGGUGCCACGGCUAGUGAAGGGAAUGGGACUAGGAGAGGUCUGUGGGGCGAAGAUUUUCAAGUACUGCUAUGCUGCAUCUACUUACUGUUUAUUAGGGAUUGACUUGGAGCCUGGCAUAUUUCUCACAGCCGAGGCCUAUCAUCAACAAAUUCUCGCGCAUGUGGCUUGUACCCUUGUCCGACAACGCAAAGAUCACACCUGGUGGGCCUUUGAAGGAAGAGUUCUGUACUUUUAUCACUGA